AUGGCCAAAGCAACCCGCAUCCCCAUCCGAACCGAAAAAGCCCCCCUCCCACCCCCAUUCCUCUCCCAGGGAAUCAAAGUAGGGGACAUGAUCUACUGCUCCGGGCAGCUCGGCGUGGAUCCUACAACGGGGAAGAUGGUGGAGGGCCCGAUACAAGCGCGCACUAAGCAAAUCCUGCACAAUCUCUCCGCCGUCCUGGCAGCAGGCGGGUCGAGUCUGCAGGACGUGGUCAAGGUGAAUAUCUUCCUGGCUGAUAUGGGGGACUUUGCGGCUGUGAAUGAAGUCUAUCAGGCGGCGUUUGGGGAGCCGAAGCCGGCGCGGACUUGCGUUGCUGUCAAGACGUUGCCGUUGGGUACGGAUGUGGAGAUUGAGUGUUCUGCGGUGGUGACGGGGGGUGUGACUGUGAGGGAUUCUCGACUUUAG